UGAGGUUAGGGGUUAGGAGGUCAUUCUUCCUCUAGUGUUCGAGUGUGAUAAGAAGAGGCCGUGUUUUUCAUCGUUGGCAAAUUUGCUGAAGUUAGGUUUCCGGUCGAUCAGCUGAUCAAACUCAGUAAUUGCAAUAUAGUUCCUAAAUUUAAUGAAAUAUUCGUAGGUGUAACGCUACAAAAUCACGUUUUCACGCCCUUGAAAGUCGAGUUGAAGCGUUGGCAAUCUCGAUCGUUCGGUUUUUCGUCGUGUUUCAAAUCAGUUGUGAGUUGACUGGCAACUCAGAUCGUCGGCUCCUGAUGAUCGGAUCAUCUAACCUCAAGUAGUCAAAAUGUCAGUUCCUGAAUCCAAAAUAAUAUCAGCCAUCGAGCAUUACCAGAAAAGCAUCCGCAAACAUGAGCAUAACAAAGAGAAAUUGUUGUAUUACUUGGGCAAACUUGCAAAAUUUCCGAUGACUGUUUCCAUCCUACAGAAAACCAUGGUUGGACUGCAGAUAAACGCUCUACGAAAAUAUGAUGGUGAUGUUGGAAAUGCUGCUAAAGUUCUAGUCACAAAAUGGAAAGAUGUUGUUCGGAAGGAAAGUGAAGGGGACUACUCUGAUGAAGAAGGUGAGGAGGAAAAAGAAGACACAGGUAAUCGCAAUAAUCACUCAGAUGAUAGUGGCGUUGACAACGAUGUUGAGGAUGGAGAUAGGGACUCAGACGAAAAGUCAGCUGAUCAAUUUUUGGACACCAAACCAGCCAAUGACAAAAAUGAUGCAAAAAAUUGCAAAAGGCUGAAAGAAGAAAACAGACACUCAUCAAGUCAUAAGAGUAAACACAGUGACAAACAUAAAAAUCAUGAUUCUGUGAGAUCAAGCCGAGACAGCUCCUCCAAAAAGUCAAGUCACGAUUCGAGAAAAUCUCGACAAGAAAGCAACUCCAGCCGUGACUCUGAUCACAAAAAGUCAAAGCAUGAGAACAAGAAGAGGAAAUAUUCAAGUGAAUCUCAGUCUGAUUUGGACCAAAACGACUCUGACUCAUCUCAGUCAACAAGGAGCAGCAAAAAGCGUAAGAUAGAAUCCUCUGGUGACGGUUCCGAAUCGGAUUCUAGCACUAGUGAUUCGGACAAUAAAAAGUCUAGAGAUAAGCGAGAAAAAAAUAAUUCUGCCCACCAUCAUCACUCUUCUAAACAUAGAGACUCCUCGCAUAAGAAGACUGAUGAAAAAAAAGUGUCAAAGAGCACAACUAAAACUAGUCAUAGCAGUGAACGACGGAAAGAGAAAGAAAGUGACAGAUCUUCCAAGAAGGACAAACCAUCUAAAGAAAUCCAUGAGCAUCACAAAAGUAAGUCAGUAAAGACAGAAGUAAAGGUUAAAUUAGAAAAGGAUGACUCCAAGACCUCCAGAAGUGAAAAGGAAUCGUCCAAAUCUCAAACCCCUGUGAAAGUGAAACAAGAAAAGGAUUCCAUGGCAGUAAACAGUUUUGAGGCAGCUUUGAUGGGAUUCUCAUCCCCAACAGAGCAACCUAAAAUAAAAGUGAAAUCGAAAUCGUCGUCGUCUAGCAAAAGUGGGUCUUCAUCUUCAGAGAAGAAAGGUUCUCAUUCCUCAGAGUCCAAACCUUCAAAAGUUUUAAGCUCACCUUCUGCAUCUCUUGCCGAGGUAGAUCUGUUUCCUGAGGUUAAAUCUGACUUAGAUAUAGACAUUACAUCAUCCUUACCGGAAUUAGCAGAUGUCUAUAGGCCUUUGCCACAUUUGGAGAACAAGCGAGAAAGACCAAAACUCAUGUCAGAGGAUGAAGCUUUAGCCUCUAUUAUGACAACAAAGAAUCAAAGGACCAAAGUUUACUCUGGUAAUAAGGCAUCGUACACGAAGGUCCCUUCAUUAUUCGAGCUGUGCACCCGAGUUUUAAUCGAUAAUAUUGACCUGUUGGAAUAUACCGGUGGAGUUCCUUAUGACAUCUUAAAACCAAUAAUAGAGAGGGCAUCGCCUGAGCAACUAUUUACUCUUGAGUUCCACAAUGAUUAUUUGAAGGUCGAUACUGAUGUUCAUUGGAAGUUCCACUGUCAGAGGGAUUUCCGCGACAAAACUAGGAAGGAGGAUGAAACAUGGCGUGAUUUUUAUGUCCGCUGCAUGGAAGAACGGCAACAGAAGUUAGAAAGGCUAACGAAUAAUAUUACCCGAUCCAUUGCUGAAUCAGCGCCUGUCAGGAAAACUAAAUUAGCAUAUCUCGAUACAGCUGUCAAACCACCUAGAAAUGUAAUGCGGAAACAGGCUAAGCAUGGAACUGGCUCUGGCAGUGCACCAUCAUCCUCCAAACAUGACAUCAUCGCUAAGGCUGUGAAAGGCGAAGGUUCCAGUAGCAAAUCAAGUGAGGCGCCUGUCAAAGUCUCAUCUCCAUCCAUGCAAAGAGCUGCAAAUUAUGUAAAUAAUCUAAUUAAAAAGAAGAAAGCACCACUGAUGCAGAAAACACUACAGUUCAUCAAAGGAAAUCGUUUUAAGCGGUAAUCUCUGAAAGAAAACUAUUAGAUUAUUUUAAGUCAUGGAUCAUCACUUUUGUCAUGUUGUGGACUUACAGUGCCUCUAGUGGCUUCUCAUCGGUCAUUGAGGCAGCGGUAAAUGUACUUUGUAAGUAUAAUUUUUUAAGUCGCAAGAGAUUGCCAACUAAUUGGAUCUAAAAUGAAUCAAUGUCUCAUGUAUGUUGAUUAUAUUAAUGAUCCCAAAGACAUUGAAUCACGUAGACCGUGCGUCCGGCUCGGUUUAGUACGGGCGGAGCGAAGCAAGUUUCUCGGAGCCCCAUGAUGGGCGGGCGGGGAAGGGGAGAGAGCUUGUGUCCCAAGCACUCGAAGAGACUGCAGUGAGGCAAUGGAGAAUCCAUUCCUGCGCUCGGUUUUUCACGAAUAUUUCGUUUAGAGUCCAUUUUCAGACAAAAUUCUUAGGAAAAAAAGUUUUAAACAUGUAAUUUUACAAUUGAAUAGCAAUAUUUCAUUUUUCCGAACUAUUUAUCAACCAAGAAAAAAAGCCUCACAAUCCAACAAAAAUUCACUGGAGCCGCCAUUGCGCAUGCGCAGAUGUGCGCAACUGGGACACACGAACUCAUCGAUGUGGAUCGGUGCCACCACUCAUCGGCAUGUGAAUUUUUAAAAGUUGUCUCGCCUUCCGUAACACGGGAUGCACGGUCUACGUGAUUCAAUGUUUUUGAAUGAUCCACAUGUACAGGUCGUUUGAGUCCUUUAAAUUUUGUCUUUUUCACUGCAAGAUGUUACCUGAAGUCUUUUUUAUUAAGAUCAGGACUUUGUGGAACGUAGUAAAUUUCCACAUGAGAACAUAAAUGUGCAAAUCUUAGUGUUUCGGAACCAUGGUUCACAUGGUUGCAUCUUAAUUAAAUUGUCUGAUUUGGAAGGGGCACCAGUAGUUAAUCUACCCAUUAAAAAGUCAAUUGGCCGCCCCUUUACAAGAAUUUCAAAUUUUUUAGUUCAGGAGAAUGCUUUUAACCAAAAAAUGUAAAGUAUCAGGUUAUUUCAAAAUUUGCAGAAAAUUUGUGUAUAACAAGUCCCAAUAUAUUUCAGAAUCUGAAACAAGAUGUCUAACAAGUAGUGUGAUUGAAAUGUGAAAAUUGGAGGGAACCCAAACUCAAUUUUUCACUCGAACCACAUUUUGCUACAAGGAACUAAUAUUCGAGGCUCAUUUUAGAAACAACAUAAUUACAUAUGUGCUAUCAAACUUCCUAUGCAGAUAGGUGAUUUUAUGGAAAUUAGUUGCUAAUGGCAAACUGUAGUCCAAUCAUCACAUUCUCUUCGCAAACUGCAUAAAUAAACGUAUCUACCAACCAACCAUACAUACUUUAAAAGUUCUUGGGGUGUCUGGUUUGAUGUCAAGUGAAGAAGUCAUAGAAUGUGGAGUAUGUACCAAACUAAAUCGUAAUCGGUUCAUUAAUGAUGAUUCUAAUGCCACAAGUUUUUUUAUCCUUUCACUCCCCUUCAGUUUUUUUCCCUUAUCUCUUUUUUUUACAAUUACAGACUUAUCCUAAGUUGAAAAAUUUUUUCCCAGACCCCUGCAGAUUGCAAAUAACUGGAUAUCUGUCGUUUUGGCCUUGACUUGUUUUUAGCUUCUUUUUUGAUAAUCGUCUUAGAUAAGAAGAUAAGAGUCUCCCUGAUUGCUUCUAGGCCGACAGAAUUGGAAGUAUUCGAGUAGUUUGCUCUUGAUAGUGUGAAAAUAGGUUAUUAUAAUCAAGUGAUUUUUAUUCAAGGCUGUGUAAACCUUCAAAAGGUUUGAACUGGACUGCUGAUCUUGAUUUAUUGCAAAAUUGAGAUUUCGGUGUCAGAAAUUCCAAAAUUUUUAAUGCUAUUCUUUACAGUACGAUAGACACUUGCAGUUUUGAGCGAGUGCUUGUGAUUUUUUACGAGCUUUUGCGGUUUGGCAGCUGUUUGCAUGCCAUCGCAGUUAUUGCGGUCAGAUUUUUUUAUCUUUCAGGUACGUGUGAGCUCCUCUGGAUUUUUUUUGGUCUUUUGUUGGUAAUUAUAGAUUUUUAAGGGCUUUAUGUUAAUUUUUACCAAAGUUCUUCAGAUACUUUUGAAGAGAAUAGAACAAAAUGGAUUAAAACAAGACAGAACAUGUCAAAACGGCACUCUGGCGAAAAUUGGCGGUUUUUUUGGUUGUUUUUUUAGUGCAUUUUGCUAUCUUGCAGAUGCAAACCAUUACUUGAAUCAAUAUAUUCCAGUGUCAAAAGUAUCAGUUUCAUAUGUAUGGAACUUGAAUUUAUGACAAGACAAGGGUUAUUCACCCUGGUUUUCAUCACCAUUAAAUACCAUAAAUGUAUUCAGCAAACCCUGCUUUUGCGGUCUAUAACAAUGCCUCGCCAAGUGUCUUAGGAGAGAAGAGAAUAACUGCCCCCCUUUCAGAAACCUUCUCUGCUUUGAACAGUAGCUGAUCUUUUCUGCACAUAGGUACACCGUGUGGAAAGUGUUUCACAUAAAAAAAGAAAGUAAAUUAUGGCAUUUUUGCCAUAACCUGCCGCUUAUUGGCCAAAUCUAAAAUUUUACAGUUUGUGACCCUACAUGCAAUAUACAGUUUGUCCCAACAAAUGUUUCUUCAUGAUUUACUGCUCAACCUUACAAUAUGACUGUCUGCUCAACCUUCUACAUUUCUCUCCAAUAUCCUCCCUCUCCCAUGUACAACAAUUGUUUUCACCUCCCCCCUCCCCCAUGGUUAUUAUUUUGAAUCAUUGUGUAAAUCAUGAUCUGGCAGGUAUAAAAAGGAAGGUUAGAAUCAUUUUGAUGUAAUUAACAAUUAUCCAUUUUCAUAUUUUCAUGAAUCCUGCCCCCUGAAAGAAGUAUUCGUUUAACACCGCUGUACGAGAUAGUGCUGGAUGAGCACUACUUUGUCCUCUAAUAGAAUGAAGGAUCUUCUCCUAAACUAUUAAGGGCAUAUCCACAAGCAAAUUUCCCAGAAUCGAAUGGUUGAUCAUAAUUAAUUAAUUUUCAGAUCUACUCUCUAACCUACCAUACUUUUAAACAAUGAAAGCUGCAUGAAGUUGACAUGCACAAGAAAAUUUUGUCUGCUUUUCUAUUAACCUUGUUUGUCUUAUAUUUUCUCUGUCAUAAAUGGGUUGAGAAAAUAAGAGGUGCUUAUUUCCAAAGAAUGGUUCCUCGUACGAAAGUCAUCCAGACUUGCACCAAAACUGCAUCACACAGUUUUAAGGGAAAAUUUUUGUCAUUCUCUAAUUGUACAAUAUGAUAAGAUAUUUAUUCGAUACAUUUUUAUUUUUUUUAUGUCUUUGUUAAUGCGUUCAGCCUUUUUCUGUUGAUUUUAAUCAUAAAAUUUGAGUCAGUGUCACUCAAUUUAUGCGUUUCGUUUCUCAAAUGUUUAGCACUUUAAAUGUCCUUAUAGCCCUGUAAUUCCAAAGUAAAUCAAUGGACAGAGCUCUAUAUUUUUCAACUGACAUGAAUGUUUUUACACACAGCAACAACACUGGAGAUUACUGAAACAUUAGUAGCAUGACUUCUCCAAAAUACCAGUUAAAUACCUUUUUGUUCUUAAACUUUUUUUCUUUUUCAAAUGACUCAGAAGAAUAAAAAGACAUUACAUUUUGUUUCUGAAAAACCUUCCAAAUAACUGCCAGAAAGAUGGAAAUAAUUUUUUUACCUUACUUUUGUUCUCUGUAGGAAAAGAAUAUCUUAUAUUUCCUCCCUACUUCAUGUGGAAAAUUCCUAAUAGUAAUGCCUUGAAUCAGCCACAAACGUCACAUUUCAGAACAUAUUGGAAAGACUUGGGCAUCCUUACUUUUUCAUAGCUUGAGGCCCUGGCAUACCAAAGAGCAAGAACAUAGGGUGACACUGAACCAAAUUACUAAGAUUUUGGCUGAACAUUCUGUACAGUUUUGAAGAAGUAUCUUGAUAGAAAGUUUGUGAAAGAUGUUGAAGAAUGUUUAAAAACCGUUAGAAACUUAAUUUGUGCUAAAUCUUGACAUUUAAUGAAGUCAGUCAUAUCUUCCUCAAAACUGGAUAGAACUUGGGGUAUGAAUGUCUGAAGGGCUCUCUAAAAAUAUGUAAACAAGUUUUGAGAUUUUUAAUGAGAGAAUGAUACAUAAGAGUGCCGGCCUUUGACGAUAGUUUAAUCUGUGUUGAAUUCUCUAGAGGGUAUUGAUUCGAAUGACAUGUCCAGGCGGAAAAUCAAAACCUUAACUAAUCGACAAUUCUUAAAAAAUUCCAGUAUCAAUUCGACCGACAUGAAUUGAUCCAAAAAUAAAAACGUGAACUGAUCUCAAGUGACAUGAUCAACAACCAUGAAUCAAUCGUCAAACUCAUAAAUAAAUCAAUUUUAUUUAUUGUUUCACAUUUUUGUUUUCUGAUCAAUGCAUGUCAAGCAAAUCCGCACCCUCCAAUUUUCUAGGAUUAGACAUCUUAUUCAUGAGCUAUUUCCUUUCAGCUCGACAAUAUUCUUGAAGAAAGCAAGAGAAAAUGACUCACUGGAAGUCACAUUUUCUUGCGUAUUCCUCAAAAAAACUUAGAGAAAAUCUCACCGGAUCUCUAAGGCAUAUUAGGAAGUAAUAAAACCUAGUAGAAUUUCUAUUGUGGAUGUUUGUUGCAAGAAAAAUUCUGAAACUUCUCUAGUUUCAAAAAAAGACUGAGAAAGUAAAUGAGGCAGAGCCAGAAAAAACUUGUGUUCAGUCAGCAUUUAAUGGAGGUAUUCAUGAAUAGUUGAAAAUGUUGAUCAAUCAGUGAGAGAAAUUGAAUGGUUUGCCUAGAAACCCACCCAACUUUUUCGCAACAUUUCAGUACUUUUUUUUUUUUUUAAAUUUUUUUUUUAUUAACAUCUUAAUUUUCGAAGAGAAUAUGUAUCAGCCAACAAGGUCAUAACAUUUUUUAAUUGAGCAAGAAAAAGCAUGGCUAAAAGUGAAAAUAGCUCUACUAGACACUCAGAGAGUACUCCAUGAAAUGAUUAUGAUGACAAGCAGGAACUCUUUCAAUACAAACUUUAGAAAUCAUCAUGAGAUGAUACUGUGCACUUUUAUGAUAGGCAAUCGAAAUUCUAUAAUUUAAGCCCAAUAUUUGUGGACAUACAUAUGAUUGAGCUUUACCACGUCAGUAACAAUAGUGUGUGACGUAACGAAUUAACAAAGUUAUCUAACUUAUUUCAAUUGUUUUUGCCAUUGCAUUAAAAGGUAGGCAUGGUGGAAACUCUAAGAGAUCAUGGUUUUCAUGUUUCUUGCAUUAACUAUCUGCUCGAAUCUUCAUUUUUCCAACAACUUGGAAAGCUGUGGUUAUUUUAAAUGGUUCUCAGUCUACAGAAUUGUUGUAUUGCCUUGUUUUUGAGUUGUCAAGUACUAAUCAUGGAAAUCAACUUUUGAACAAGCUCCAUUUAUUUUCCUUCACGCCAAUUUUUCAGAACUUUGAGUGUUAAAGUGAUGUAAAGCUUUAUCUCUAUACAUUCAUAGAUAGCCACAAACUUCUUCUCCCCUUCUUUUUAUUUUUAAGUCCGUUACUUUCUUUACCCUAACGAUCAGUUUUAUUCACAUUUUCUCCAUUACUGCAUUAUAAUAUGGGAAAAUGCUAUAUUCCAUACGAUUGUCCCUUAAAAGGCAAUCUGAUUUCUGUUCUUAUCUCGUAGUGCUCAAAAAAAUAUUCAAGGGAGUCUACAAGUCUCUCUUACUUAGCAAUGGUUUUUAAAUUUGUGAUUUUUUAUGUUUCUUCCGUUUUAAAGAAAUCUGUGGCAAUGAGCGAUGAAAACUGACAUUAUUAUAUGCAGGAAAAAACUUUUCAGAUUCAACUUUAUCGUAAUUAGACGACCAUGAAACUCUGAUGUAUAUCUGCUGUGUCCUUAUCAGGAUUGAUUUAGAUAAUUUUAUUUGAUUUUAUUGUUAAUCAAGACAUGUUGUAAAUGUUUUAGUAUAAUUUCAACUAUUUUACCAUCUUUCCUCCCUGAUUUUUAUUUUUAUCACAUGAUGAAAUAUAUUCUUCUCGAAUAAU